GGAGUGGGGCCAGCCAGCAGGAACAGCGGGCUGUACAACAUCACCUUCAGAUAUGACAACUGCACCACCUACGUGAAUCCGGUGGGGAAGCACAUGAUUGCCGAUGCCCAGAACAUCACCAUCAGCCAGUAUGCGUGCCAUGACCAGGUGGCAGUCACCAUUCUGUGGUCCCCAGGGGCCCUUGGCAUUGAAUUCCUAAAAGGAUUUCGGGUAAUACUGGAGGAGCUGAAGUCUGAGGGAAGACAGUGCCAACAAUUGAUUCUAAAGGAUCCAAAGCAGCUCAACAGUAGCUUCAAAAGAACUGGAAUGGAAUCUCAACCUUUCCUGAAUAUGAAAUUUGAAACGGAUUACUUUGUAAAGAUUGUCCCUUUUCCUUCCAUUAAAAACGAAAGCAAUUACCACCCGUUUUUCUUCAGAACCCGGGCCUGUGACCUGUUGUUGCAGCCGGACAACCUGGCCUGUAAACCCUUCUGGAAGCCUCGGAGCCUGAACAUCACCCAGCACGGUUUGGACCUGCAGGUGUCCUUCGACCACGCGCCGCACACCUUCGGCUUCCGCUGCUUCUACCUUCACUACAAGCUCAAGCAUGAAGGACCCUUCCGGCGAAAGCCCUGUAAGCAGGAGCAAAACACAGAGACAACCUGCUGCCUCCUUCAGAACGUUUCUCCAGGAGAUUACGUCAUUGAGCUGGUGGAUGACACUAACACAACACGAAAGGUGAUGCAUUACGCCUUAAAACCAGUGCAUUCCCCGUGGGCCGGGCCCAUCAGAGCUGUGGCCAUCACCGUGCCGCUGGUUGUCAUAUCGGCGUUUGCGACGCUCUUCACCGUGAUGUGCCGCAAGAAGCAACAAGAAAAUAUAUAUUCACAUUUAGAUGAAGAGAACUCGGAGUCCUCCACGUGCACUGCGGCAGUGCCCAGGGAGAGGCUCCGGCCUCGGCCGAAGGUCUUCCUCUGCUAUUCCAGUAAAGAUGGCCAGAAUCACAUGAAUGUUGUCCAGUGUUUUGCCUACUUCCUCCAGGACUUCUGCGGCUGUGAGGUGGCUCUGGACCUGUGGGAAGACCUCAGUCUCUGCAGAGAGGGGCAGAGAGAAUGGGUCAUCCAGAAGAUCCACGAGUCCCAGUUCAUCAUUGUCGUGUGUUCCAAAGGCAUGAAGUAUUUUGUGGACAAGAAGAACUACAAACACAAAGGAGGCAGCCGAGGUUCAGGGAAAGGGGAGCUCUUCCUGGUGGCGGUAUCAGCCAUUGCUGAGAAGCUGCGCCAAGCCAAGCAGAGCUCGUCUGCAGCCCUCAGGAAGUUCAUCGCGGUCUACUUUGAUUAUUCCUGCGAGGGGGACGUCCCCUGCGUUUUGGACCUUAGCACCAAAUACAAACUUAUGGACAACCUCCCCCAGCUCUGUUCGCACCUGCACUCGGGAGACAUCAGUAUUCAGGAGCCUGGGCAGCACCCGGGCCCCGGCAGCAGGAGGAACUACUUCCGGAGCAAGUCGGGCCGCUCCCUGUAUGUUGCUAUAUGUAACAUGCACCAGUUUAUUGAUGAGGAGCCUGAUUGGUUUGAAAAACAGUUUGUACCCGCCCAUCCUCCUGCACUGCGCUACCGGGAGCCAGUCCUGGAGAAGUUUGACUCGGGCUUGGUUUUAAACGACGUCAUUGGCAAACCAGGGCCAGAGAGUGAUUUCUGCCUAAGGGCUGAGGCCACAGUUCUUGGGGCCACUGUGCCCGCAGACUCGCACCCUCAGCUGGAGAGUCCGCGCAGGGCCCUGGACCAGGAUGCUGAGGUCCAGGCGCCCCGUGAGGGGGGCUCAGCGCUGCAGCCCCUGCUGCUUGCAGUGAAAGCUGGCAGCCCCUCGGACAUGCCGAGGGACUCAGGCAUCUACGACUCCUCCGUGCCCUCCUCUGAGCUCUCCCUGCCCCUGAUGGAGGGACUCUUGGCAGACCAGACAGAAACAUCGUCCCUGACAGAGAGCGUGUCCUCCUCCUCGGGCCUGGGUGAGGAGGAUCUUCCCACCCUUCCAACUCAGCUCCUUGCCUCUGGGGUGUGCAAAGCAGAACUUGGUUGCCACAGCUACGCUGAUGAGCUCCACGUGGUCGCCCCGUCGUAACAGAACAGAGGAGCCUAAGCAUUGCCACUUUAGCUGCCACCCCUCUCUGGUUCUCCAGCUCGUCUCUGUGGUUGCGUCACCUACCUGGAGCUGAGUACUCCUCCCAGGAUAUUUAGAGCGGAAUUCUGGCCAGUGCUUGGUCCCCCAGCCCUAGCUCUCUACCAGCUAUCUUGGCAAAUUCUCCAGUUUUUCAGAACCAUAUACAGACCUCUGGAAGGUGUGUGUGAGGUCCAACAGCAGCUUUCUGGGUUAGGCCAGUCCUUGUAUCAGAGCCUGUUCUGGUGAAGCAUGGUGGCACACACCUGUAAUCCCAACACAUGGGAGGCUGAGGCAGGAGGAUCCCUGUGAGUCUGAGGCCAGCCUGAACUGCAUAGUGAAAUCCUGACUCAAAAAGACCAAAAAAAAGCCUGUGUUGGCAGGUAGGAGGAACCGAAGAAACAGAAAAUACCUGCACUGACCAUUCAGACUAUUGAGCUCUGCAUACUUCGCCUGUGUACUGUUGGCUAUUUUGGUUUGGAAUGCUGUGUGGAAAAACCACUUCUCAAUGUCAUUAUAGCCACAGAAAUCAAGUGUCAGUCUCGCCAGAGUCCGUGUUGUAUUAUAGAUGUGUUUCUGUCUGAUUUCGUUGGUGGCGCUUACAGCGCUACACGUAUUAAAUAAGCUUUCAGUCGAGGGUCAAGAGAGGGCUGAUUAUUCAGUAUACCUUUCUAAACAGGUCUGUACGUAUUACUCAGUGACUCAGCUGGCCGAGGUGGGCGGCCCAGCGGGCAGGGCAUCUCUGCUGUCCCGUCUCAGCUUUCCCUCGGGCUGAGCGGGCAGCGUGCGGGGCCCCGAGCUGCCUAUCAGGUUUCCCUGGGUUACAUUUCCUGUGCUGCAGCUCAGGUGACGGUGUCUGGAAGUUUAUUUUAAGAGACUGUUUCCCAGCCGGGCCAUGUUAUUGGAAGUUGCAGUUGUGCUUCCGUUGCCUGGUGGCCUAAAGCUGUGUCCUGAACGUUAGAAGGCACCAGCGAAUGGAGGAGGCGGCCAGUAGUCUGCUGAACUGGUCCUGCCUGACGACAGGCGUCUUUCUAAGAUGGUAGAAAGGAGGGAACUAUCAUCAAAGGAGAUGCUCUAUUUUUAUGAAAGCUUUUUUUUUUUUUUUAACAAAUUUGUCUCCAAAGGGAUAACAUUUGUCCAUAUUCUGCUUGUUUAACCUGUGUGUAGUGAUGUCUUAGUCUCCUGUGUGGAAGCCCUGGAGCACGUGUGAGUAUCUUCCUCCUCCCUUUUUUAUGGAUUUUUUUUGUUUUGUUUUGUUUUGUACUGGGACUCAAACUCAGGACCUUGUACUUGCCAGGCAGGCGCUUGUGCCGCUGAGCUGUAUCCCCGGCGCUCCCCCGCUCUUUUAUGGGUGCUGUUGGGUUUUAGCAGCCUGUUUUCUCAGCAUUCGAUCCAGUUUUCACUCUCAUCAGUGAGAACCAACAUUAAGAGAGAUGCAGAAGAACAUCUCAAGGUGGGGUGAACGGGGUGACAGGGCUUUCGCCUCCGAGCACAUGCUGAGCAGGUGGGGAAGGGCAGAGCUUGCGCUCGUACUGGGAAGAAGAGGUUGUGUGUAUUUUGGAUGCAGAUCCCCUACUCCCUGUUCUGUAAAGGCAGCUGGCAGCCUUUGGGAGAAGAACGUGCUCGUCUGUUCUCUGGAGUCGAGUUUCCUGCAGCUGCUCUGAGGGAGGACGGGGGGAUGGAAGGCUGUCUCCCCGAAACGCAGGCGUGUUGGCAGAGGCGCCAGUUCCUGUUGUCACCGUGCUCUCCAAAAGUGCAGUCUCCUGCCCACAGAAGACGGUGCGCUGGCUUCAUCCUCCGCUCACAGUCUGUGAAAGAGAUGGCUGGGUCUGAACUUGCUAACGUACCGGACUUCACUGGGGACAUCAGAGGUUUCUUACUGAGUCUAAGAGUUGUUUGGUGCUCCCAAAGGAACCAGUAGGUGCUGCUUGUAGGAUGGAUACUCACCUUUUCAUGCGACAGCAGGCAGCUGUGAGGAAGAGUCUCCGGACACAGCCUGCAGGACCAGGAGGAGGAGCAUUCACUGGGUUCCCAAGGCGCGGGCAGAGCGCUUACUACAUGGGUUCACGUGUUAGGAAAAUGGCAGGGACAGAUGCUGAAGGUGAUGCUUAAGGUUGGAUUUAGAGUGUGGAUUCUUAUUUUGAAGUAUCAGUGUAUCUGAUCAGCAAACUCAAAGGUCAGGCGGUGAAAGUGCGGCAGAGUUGCCUCACUCAGAAUACAUGAAGUCCGACUUCCUGCUUUGCCCCAUUGUACUGGGAGUGGAAAUAGUUGUCUUGGAGAUGAAGGCAAAACAUCGGUCCCAAGCACAGCUGCAUUUUUUACUCACAAAAUGUCACAGAUGGUGGACGUGAUAAGAUGGAAUUUAAAAAAGGCUCUGCCAAGUACAGGCUUUAGGUAGUGGGGAACCAAGAAUUAGCUUAGAGCAGUGGUUUCAGAGAAGGGCCUCGGUGUGAGAGGAAACAGUUAGCGAGGGUCAGUGUGGGUCAGUGUGGCGGGGCUCCAGGAAAGCCCUGAGGCGAAGGCAAGGAGUGAGCUUUUCUCUUUCCUGCAGUCUUUCCCGGGAAGGAUUUCACAUCUGACGCUGUCAGCUUCCUUGGGAAGUGAUGGAGGCAGUUAAAGCCCAGGUGAGGUGUGCUCUUCUCUGAAAAGCUGGCUGCGAGUGGCAGACUCCCUUGAGGGAGCCGCCCAGGCAUAUGGGGUGCAGGAGCUUUCUAGAGCUCUGACACUUGGGCCUUGGAGGCACACGGAUCCCCAGAAAGAAUCGGAAGUCACUCCAGUGCAAGCCCAGGUAUUUGGGUUCAUACGCCACUAGGUGAUACAGUAUUUUGAGUCAAAAAUGAGACUGGGUCAUAAGGAAAGUUCUUUUGACGUGUUAGUAUUAAUUGAAGACAGUCCCAGUCCGGAAGUUAAAAAAAAAAAGUCUUUAGCAACGUCGUAUCAUUGCAAUAAGUGUAUAGCGAGUUAGAGAUACCUAAGUUCAUGUAUGUUCAUCAAAGUUCAGUCUUACUAUUCCAAGCAAUACAGUGUUUGGAUUUUGUUCUUUACUGACCCAUAGUCUCAGGUCCCCUGAUUUACGUGCAAAUAAACAGGAAUGUACAGGUAACAUUCCUUUAAUAAUGUAGCAUGCCAUGAUUUUGAGAGGUUUUUUUUCCCCAGCAUUGACUAUUUUUCUUUUAAAAGAAACAAAAAGGGAAAAGAUCUAUUUUAUUCUGGAUGAAGAAAUGACACAACUUCCUCCCAAAAGAAAGACAAUCCCGCAGCCCCAUGCCACCACAACAUUUUCCUGAAGAGAGAAGUUACGCUGUCUUACUGGAGAGGCAGGUGAAGAUCGUGUGAAGAUCCCUUGGCUUUUCUGUGCUGUUAGCACAUCCUUUGCCUUUGGGGGCCGCUGGGGUAGCCAGGUGUAAGGGGAACAACUGUGGUGACAGACAGCAGUGCAACCCCUUCUCACUGUCAGGGACAGUAGGGUGUGGGGGGACCGUGGCAGACCGAAGAGUGCCUUUGCGUCUUGCAAGCGCCCGCCAUAGCAGUCAGCGUGGCCGUACACUGAUUAUUUCCUGAUAGACCCAUUUCUUAACAGAAGCUGAAAGUUUUUAUUUUAAAUAUUGGCAACUAAAUUUUAAAAAUAUUUAAGACACAUUCAGAACCAGCAGAACAGAGAGACGGACCAAAUUCAGCCCAGUGGCUGCCAGUUUGUGACCCCAGCUUGAAAAGAUCUGCAGUCAAAGCUGGUCUACAGUCGUUUCAGAUGUGGUACCUUCAGGAAAUGGGGCUAUAUCCCCAUGCAGCCAGCCACCGGUUGUUUAUGUCUCCUUCAAAGAAAUUUCAUGUGAUUCUGGAAUGUAUUUGGAGUGUUUUGAUUGCUUCUCUUACGUUUUGUGAUGUCUGUUUUAAUUUUUAUUAGUACCUGUUUACAAUACAUAAUGUGAUGUUUUAAAAAACAGCCAAGUUAGGUGCUAGUUUCAGAGUCAAUUUUAGAUUCUCCUGAUAUAAAAAAAUAAUAGUUGGAACGCCACAGCCUGUGGCCUAGGGCCUUAUCUUAUAGCUUAGCUCUUGACAUAAUUAUUUUUCAAGAUGGCCUGUACAUUCGAGCUUAGGCCAAGACCUACUUAGGGAAAGAGACAUUUUGGGAAAUAAGGCUGAAAAUGUACUUCUACUCGGGCCAGGAGUUUACAUUAUCUUCUCUCUUAAAUGACCUGUGAGUUGAUGUUUUGGAGGUAAGACACGGUAGACACAGAAAAGCUUUUCCCAACGUGGCCGUAGCAGGAGUCCCUGUGCGUGGUAGGUCACCCCUGCCGUAUCACCUGUCAAGGCGCAGGGUGAAAAUAAAUAAAGGGAACUCAGACUGUAAGCCAAUAGCUUUGAUUCUGAUCUCAGAAUACAAGUGUGGCGCUGGCAUGUUCCUCCCUCGGUGGUGGGAGCUGUGCCUGAAAUUGGCCCCGGCGUGUGGCUGUGGAUGAGAUUCUGGAUUUUCAUUCAGUAAAGGAGAUUUUGUAACCUGCUCUGCUGAUCAGAUAGCUCUUUGUGUAUCUUCCUUCUAGAAAUUCAAACCAGCUUGCUUUUGUUUGGGGUGUAGUAGAGAAAGAACAGCUGGUCACCUUCUGUGCGUUGGAAAACCACGGUGAGGUCAUCCCGCUGGAGUUUUGAUUUCAGUGGUAAAUAACCCCACCCACUUCUCCAUUCUUCACGGCUCUUACUUUCCAGGGGCUUCAUAAUUUUCCCUGUUCUGUUGUUUCUCAGCUUCACACUCAGUUUAGGUGCCCGGAGAGAGACAUCAGUGCCUUGCUCACACUGGUGCCUGUGACAGCCAAGCUCCGGCUGGGACUACAGGGAGAUUCCUGUGUGCCUGGCUUCCCUUAUGAGGUGGAAACACAGCCGUACUUCUUAAAGAUGCUGUAUCACUUAGCUGUGAGAAUCAUUAGGUAGCCAUAUGUGUCGUAGACACCCUCCCCCCGCCCCAACCCAGAUGGUCCUGUCCUAUCCGGAGGUGUAUUUUCCCUCCCGAUGGCAGAUACUUGGUGCUUACCCCUGGUGUGUUUAACGUCAUCCUGAAACUUCAGGAUAUGCAAGACCAGCUCUUUCCUUCUGAGUGGCAGCUACCCCAUUCUUCCAGUUUGGGAUUAUAUAUUUGCAUAUCUAGAGAUAUGUAAAAUUUUUAUUUUGAGAUUCAUGAUAUUGUUGCUUAGAUUUAACCACUGGCGAGUGACAGCAGCAGUUGCGAUGCACCGCCUCUCCGUUGCUGUUUGGGGGAGAAUUCGCACACAUGUUGGGUCCCCCAGUGAGAACCUCUGGGCAGUUCUGGCCAGCUGUCUUCUCUCCUGCCCUUCGGUUCCUUCCCGAGGAUCCUCGUGGACCGGAAGGCACCUCAGGACCUUUACUGUGUGCCGACGGGCCGGGGCCACGGCGCUCAGUUGGCCAGGUGCUGUCUUUUGCACAAUCAAACCUGAAAGCAGGCAUUCCUGUGUGAUGUUUAUACCAUGUAAAAUUCAGUCAAGAAGGUUCCAAGGAGCAGCCCCGUUUGUGCCAGAAGUAGACAAAUGUGGCUGCUCCCCUAUGUAGGCAAAAAAAAUUCCAUUGGAUAUCAUUCAUGUGUUUGUGUUAGGAAGAAUUCUGGUUUUUGUUUUGUUUUCUCCCAGGAACAAACCAUGAGUCUCGACAGCAGCAAAAGCUUCUGUAAAAACCAAAUGUGUUCAUGUAGAGAAGAAGUCACUUAGAUUUUCACUAUUAGUUAACAAAAUUUUCAGUGUGGAAGCUCCCUGCUUUUUCAUCCCUGGGGGAAGCCUGGGGACACCGUGGUUACUGGUGUCCUUGUUUUCGUUUCAUUUUUAAGUCUGUCCUUGGUGGCACUGGGUGGAAGAGUGAGCCCUGACAGACGGUAGCCGUGUGCUGUACUUUUACGUUGAAAGUGUUAGUAAUGUGUGAUUUGUGCAUAACUCUGUAAAUAGAUGAUAGUAAACCACGGCCGACAUUUGCAAAAUGGUUUUGUACUUUAGAAUUUCUGCAUCAAAUAAAGUGUUUUAAGACUGUC